AUGAUUUUGAGGUUGCAGUUCGACGGCCUGACGUUGUUCCGUGGCAAUGGAAGAUCCGUGUCCUCAGAAUGCAGAGUUGUCGAGAUCGAGCGGAAUAAUGAAGCAUCACGGAGCCCUUUUCCUCGAAACAGGAUAACAUCGACUAAGUACACAUUAUGGAAUUUCAUACCGAAGAAUCUAUUCGAGCAAUUUCGGCGAAUAGGAAAUUUUUAUUUCCUCCUCAGUGCAAUUACGGCCAUGAGUAUCGAGUCCCCCGUUUCUCCACUUACAAGCUCAUUGCCAUUGCUCUUUGUCAUACUAGUUACAGCUUGUAAGCAGGGCUACGAAGACUUCCUUCGUUAUCGAUCCGAUAAAAGGGUUAAUAAUAUUUAUGUCUCGGUUAUUCGUCGUAGAUGUAUCCAGGAAAUACGCUGUCAAGAAAUUGUUGUCGGUGAUCUCGUAAGGGUGAAUCGAGAUAGCGAUGUGCCAUGCGAUCUUGUUAUCUUGCACAGUAGCGAGCAUUCUGGAAAAUGUUACGUGACUACAUCAAACCUCGAUGGCGAGACAAAUUUAAAAAUACUAGAGGUGCCGAAAAUACUUGCAAAUCUUAAGCUUCCUGAGAUCGUAUCGAUGAAAGGGAGGAUAACGUGCCAGCCGCCUAUGGGUAAUCUUUACGCUUUCGAGGGUCGAAUAGAGGUUAGUGGAACGGAGGAGGACGUUACUAUGAUAAAUACCGUACCUCUGACUGUCGACAAUAUCCUGCUGAGAGGUUCGAGGCUCAAGGACACGGACUACAUUGUCGGUUGCGCUGUUUACACGGGUCGAGAUACCAAGCUCUCUCUCAAUUCUAAAAUCAGCAUCAACAAGUUCUCAACCAUUGAAAAGUCGAUAAAUAAGUAUCUUUGGAUCUUUAUGUUAUUUCUCCUUCUACAAGUCUCGUUUUGCACUGUAAUGCAAAUAAUACUGGCGCGUAAAGCUACUUGGAGCACUUAUCUUGGACAACUAUCUAUCUUCCCCAUAAGAAAUGUUCUAACUGAUUUUUUGUCCUUUACGCUUCUUUUUAAUUACGUCGUGCCUAUUUCUCUCUAUGUAACAAUAGAAAUGCAAAAAUUUCUGGGAUCGUUUUUUUUUAGUUGGGAUUUAGAAAUGUACGACGAAAUUAGUGAUCAAGCUGCGAUUGUAAACAGCUCGGAUUUAAAUGAAGAUCUCGGACAAGUGGAGUAUCUUUUUACCGAUAAAACUGGCACUCUUACGGAUAAUUUGAUGAUAUUUCGAAGAUGCUUCGUCGACGGCAAAGUUUAUUUUGAAAAGGAUUGCAGUGGAAAUUUAUAUCUUCUUCCUGGCAGUGGAAGAGAGGAGGAUGCCGAAUUGAUUAAUAAUUGGCCUAAAGAAAUUUGGCAUUUUAUGUUAAGUAUAUCGCUGUGCCACACUGUACAUAUUGCACCUCCGACACAGAAAGCCAAAGCACAGCUUCGUCGCGCCGAGUAUCGUGAAAGUUUUCGCUUAAAAAAAAUCACAACCGUAAACAGUUCUCUCAUGAUGCAUCCCGAUUUGCCGGAAUAUCAGGCGGCAUCGUCCGAUGAGAAAGCUCUCGUUGAAGCAUCCGCACGAUGCGGUGUUGUUUAUCUUGGGGAUAUCACUGACAAUACAAUAGAAAUUAACGCCAAAGGCGCGAGAAUGUUUUUCAAGAAGCUCGACACUCUCGAGUUCACAUCUGUUAGAAAACGAAUGUCUGUGAUACUUAAAGAUAGCAAUGGUAUCAUCUGGCUAUAUUGCAAAGGUGCUGACUCUUCCGUCUUCCCGCUAAUUCAAUAUGGCAGAAUACAGGAAGCGAAAUCUCACGUAGCCGACUUUUCCAUGCGAGGAUUAAGGACACUGGUCGUUGGAUUUAAGAAAUUUGCCGACAAGGACUACGAGCGUUUUACAAGAAUUGUACGCGAAGCGAGGCAAUUAAUUAAUAAGAGUCGAGUUGAUUAUAUCGAUCGUGUUUACGCUCGAUUCGAAGGUGGCUUGACCUUAUUAGGAGUAACCGCAGUUGAGGAUCGUCUUCAAGAAGGCGUUCCAAAGGCAAUGAAAAAGCUUCGUAUUGCCGGGAUCAAAAUUUGGAUAUUAACGGGAGAUAAGACGGAAACGGCGGAAAAUACCGCAUUCUUCUGCGGUCAGUUUAAAAAAAGGACGGAGAUAAUGAGACUCGUGAAUGUACACUCGUCGCAAUUAUGUUUCGCUAAUCUUAUAAAUUUCGAGCGAAAAAUGAAAAUCCAGCCGUUUAUGCACUAUGGAUUGCUGCUCGAUGGGACGAGUCUGGGACUGGCUUUGAACAAUUUUCCCGGCUUAUUGCGAACCGUCGCGAUGAAUUGCCAAGCGGUGGUUUGCUGCCGCAUGUCGCCCUUACAAAAGAGCGAGGUGGUACAGCUGAUUAAACGGGCAUCGAGCAGACCAAUAACCGCUGCGAUCGGCGAUGGUGGCAAUGAUGUGUCCAUGAUUAAAGAGGCCCACGUGGGGUUUGGUAUUAUGGGUAGAGAGGGUCGACAGGCGGCCAUGAGCGCCGAUUUCGCAUUUGGAAAAUUUAUGCACCUCGAGAGGGCUCUUCUUGUUCACGGACAUUGGUAUUACCUCAGAGUGGCCAAACUCACGCAGUACUUUUUUUACAAGAAUCUUGUCUUCAUUACACCUCAAUUCUUUUUCAGUAUUUACAAUGGCUUUUCAGGACAGGUACUCUACGAUAGUAUAUUUUUAAUGUGUUUUAAUAUAUUUUUUUCCUCUAUACCAAUUCUUAUUUACGGUAUUUCUGAGCAAAAUUAUUCCGAUGAUAAGCUCUUAAAGUAUCCGCAAUUAUAUCAAUUGCAUAAAAAGAAUUAUUUAUUAUCUACAAGCCAAUUUAUACGGUGGAUAAUAAUAGCGAUUUGGCAGACCUGUACCAUAUAUUUUAUUCCAUUUUAUUAUUGGAAAUACAAUCCAAUAAAUUUGUACGAUAGUACACCAGCGGAUCAUUGGUGCUUCGGUACCUGUAUAUUUCACUUGGUCAUAUUAAUUAUUAAUUUAGAACUACUAAUCAUUAGCUCUUACUGGACUUUUCCAUUUAAAUUAAGUAUAAUUUUAACAGAAUUAUUCUUUUUUAUUUUCGCAUUUAUCUACUGUUAUUGGAAUUUUCAAUACGAUGGAGACAUGUUUCGAGUUUUUCCAAAACUUUUGCUUUCUCCAACAUUCUGGCUGUUAACUUUUUUAGUAAUUGUAAUUUCCUUGAUUCCUGCAUUACUUGUUGGUAUUUAUGAAAGUGAUAGACCAUCGAGAUUACGAGAAAAAUUAGAGACUAAAGAGGAUAAUGUUAAUGAUUUAAUUUAUUCGCAAAUUGAAUUACUUUCAUCCACGUUGCCUGUAAGUUACUAG